GGUGAAUCAUCACAUUUGAAACUGCUAAAUCAAUCAGUAACAAAAUGGCAAAGGUCAUUUUCACACCAUGGAAGGAGCAUUCGCAAUUACUCGCGGUGCGGAGUCAAUUCUACCCUGCACCCUUCUAUGAUGGGCCCGACAUGCGCUCCAAGGCCUGCGCCACUGUUGCAGCUUGGAAGCUACGGGGAAACCUGCCACAUCCUGUUGAAGCCACGGCCUUGCUAACGGACGCCAUUCUCCAUGAUGAUGCCUUGAAAAAUUCCAUCUUUUCUAUUCGGGCUACGUACUCGGCUGCGUUUUGUCGAUUCGUGACGGGGCUCGUCGACUCCAAGCUGAACGGUCAGCGUAAGACCAUGUUCCAACGAGCUAUUGAUCUGGGCCUACCGGCCUCAUUUGUGGAACUGCGUCACGAGGCGACGCAUCGUGAACUGCCUUCCCUGACAGUGCUGCGCAAUGCCACACAGCGGUCCCUUGAGUGGUUGUGGGACUACUACUGGUCCAAGACUGACCUGAGUGCUGAUACGGUGCCUGUGUCGGAACCAGAGGCAUUUGACGGCGCUGAAGACGACAUCGAGCCGAUCAAGGCGGCUUUGAGAACUGAAUUCGAGCACUUACUGACUGAAGAGGAGUCGUCAGAGCCACCGCGGAAGAAGAGGCGGUUCCAGCAGAAUGUCUCGUUUACUUCUACGCAUUUGAUCUCGAUUUGCAAGUCCUCCCGUCGUGGGGCGUCUGCGCUAGCAGGCGUGAUCGUGGAGGACUCAUUGUUGGUUCCUGCUGGUCGCAAGAUGGGUGACUCCAUGACGGGAAUGUUCGCUAAAUGGGAUUCGUUAUUACAGAUGCUCGCCGAGGGCCAUCCCCCGGCUCUGGCAUCCCUGACGGAGGAGAUGGUGAAUGUACUGGCCUUUUCAGGCUCAAGGAACGUGAAAAAUGACCCUCAGCUCGAAGGAUUGUACAUGUGGCUGGACCAUAUACUUCAAUCGCCGGAAUGGGGGUCUCGGAGACGACUACUGUCCCACGCUUACCUUCUUGCCGUUUGCGAGCAGAGUUCCAAUCACUGGACGGCGCUUCUUAAGGAGAGCCUACAGCAGAGGACGGACGAUCUGGCACCUAAGAAUCUGGCGUCCACAUCAAAGAAUCAGUCAAAGAAGGACGGGUCUGGCCUCAAGCGGACUGCAGAUGCCGAAGAACUGAAAGAGUUGAAGAAAUUCGGAUGGGAGACAGUAGAUACGUGGGAUACGCGACCGUUAGGGAUACGAAACCAACUCAAUUUCACACCCAAAAGGACACUAAGUAGCAUCCAAGUAGCAUCUACCAGUCUUCUAAAGAUUAAAGUGGAAAAUCCACACGUGGCUGAGCUCUCCGCGGAACGAGCCUAUGAGGUAAUCGCCAAAAGACUUGCUUACACAGUUAGGACCGGGAAGGGCAAUAACUAUGCCUACCUGGUCACGGAUGAGCCGACCAAGGAGUCUGUUAUUAUUGACCCGGCUAAUCCGCCUGAGGUGACUCCGACGCUGCAAUCUCAGAUCGACGCGGGAAAGAUUAAGCUUACGUCUAUCGUGAAUACUCAUCAUCACUGGGACCACGCCGGUGGUAACAAUGAAAUUCUGAAAACCUUCGGCCAACUCUCCGUCAUUGGCGGGAAGAACUGCCAAUCCGUCACCAUCACCCCGGCACACGGCGAAGUCUUCAAGAUCGGAGAGCGCAUCUCCGUCAAGGCGCUGCACACGCCCUGCCACACGCAGGACAGUAUCUGCUACUUCAUGCAGGAUGGAGACGACAAGGUUGUCUUCACCGGUGAUACUUUGUUUAUCGGAGGAUGUGGCCGGUUUUUCGAGGGUACGGCCCCAGAAAUGCACAAGGCUUUGAACGAGACUCUGGCUGCACUGCCGGAUGAUACUAAGGUUUACCCUGGACAUGAAUACACCAAGGGCAACGUCAAGUUCUGCCUUGCUGUUUCGCAGUCUGAGCCCAUUAAGAAGCUGGAGGCGUUUGCCAAUGCCAACCAAGAAACUCAGGGCAAGUUCACGAUUGGUGAUGAGAAGCUCCAUAAUGUAUUCAUGCGCGUCAACGACCCCGAGAUCCAGAAGAAGACCGGCAAGACAGACCCAGUGGAGGUCAUGGCGGCGCUGAGAGAGAUGAAGAACAGUAUGUAAAUUGGCCAAAUAUGGACCAUACAAUAGUCAAGUACACUAGCAGUAUCACAAGAAUGAAUAUGAUCCAC